UGCAGCUUGGAGUGAGACCACUGACCGCACCCUCUGACCCUUUUGCAGGGAUCUCCCGAUGGAAGGCGGAGGCAGGUGCUGAUCCGAAGUCGCCAGGAGUGGGGAUCCCUUUGCUCUGAGGUCGGGGACUAUGGCAGCCACAGGGUACCAUGUUCCACAGCCAGGAUAUCCUGUUGCGUCUCCCCCUUACCCCGUUGUGCCGCAGCCACACGCUGGGCCCUCUGCACCAAGCCCAGGCUUCUAUCCUGCUGCCGGCCAUGGGGCUGGCCACAUUGCUCCGCCACAGCCUCCACCCCGAGGAUACCGGGACCAUGCCGCUGCGCCUCAGCAUCACCAGCCCCCAGAUCCUCAUGCUGCUAUUACCCCUUACCUGCCUGUGGCAACCAGUAUCCCUCAUGGCUUGGAGUAUCUUACCCAGGUGGACCAAAUUUUGAUCCAUCAGAAAGUGGAACUUCUGGAAGCUUUCAUUGGCUUCGAAGGCAACAACAAGUACGAGGUGCGGAACAGCCUGGGCCAGCACAUCUUCCAUGCGGAGGAGCAGAACGACUGCUGCACGCGCAAUUGCUGCGGCUCGCUGCGGCGCUUCUCCAUGCGGCUGGACGACCCCACCGGCCGCGAAGUCAUCCGCCUCGUCCGGCCACUGAAGUGCGUCAGCUGCUGGUUCCCCUGCUGCCUUCAGGAGAUGGAGGUGCAGUGCCCCCCAGGCAACACCAUCGGGUACGUGGUGCAGACGUGGCAUCCCUUCACGCCCAGGUUCUCCAUCCAGAACGUCGAAAAAGAGACAGUGCUGCGCGUUGUGGGGCCCUGCUUCGCCUGCAGCUGUGGCGGGGACGUCAGCUUUGAGGUGAAGACGUGGGACGAGUCGCGCGGGGUGGGCCGGAUCAGCAAGCAGUGGAGUGGCCUUCUCAAGGAGGUCUUCACCGAUACGGACAACUUUGGGAUCCAGUUCCCCAUGGACCUGGACGUGAAGGUCAAGGCGGUGCUCCUGGGCGCCUGCUUCCUCAUUGAUUUCAUGUUUUUUGAGAAGACGGGAGAAGUGGGGCAGAGGAGCUCCGUGAUGACCAGCUGAACUCAUCUCACUUGAUGGACAGUUCCCCCGGUUCUGACCAGGAGGAGGUUGUGUGUCUGUGUCUGUGUGUGUGUGUGUGUAACAGUGAUGGAGCACUGUGACUGAGUUAGGGUUGUGUGUCCUUCCUGGUCGGUCUGUCUUCCUGUGUGCAGGUGCGCUUAAGGUUUUUGUCGUGUCCAAAAACUCACGCUGGGUCUGUAGCCAGACGGUCAAGCAACCAGCCUCAGAUUCCCAAAGCUGGUGAAGGAAGCGGGAUUGGCUUGUCAGUCAAACCUGGUUAGACUGUGUCCUGUCCGCUGUACCUGUGGUCUCCUGGCUGAGGAUUAUGGGAGUUGAAGUCCCGCUCUCUGAAGGGCUCCCUGUCGGGGAAGGCUGGGUUAAAUUUCCUGCUCUCUGUGGUUGUGAUUUUGAAAUAGCAGUGCAAUGUCCAACUUCAGCAGUUCAUUGGGAAAUGUUUGAUAUGGAAGACUGCUGGGUGCGCUCAGCUGCGCUGGCAUGCCUGCUCAGGUUCUGGGUGAUGGCUGCAGGGACCAGAGGUAUCCACAGGGUGUGGUCAAAAAAGUGAAGAUGGUGGCUUUGGUGAUGCAACCACAACUCUCCUUUGUACAUAACACCAAGCAGAGCCUCGCCCUCUAAGCCUGAAGAAGAAAUCUUAAAGCAGUGUUUUUCAAACUUGGCCACUUUGCUGGCUGGGGAAUUCUGGGAGUUGAAGUCCACACAUCUUAAAAGUUGCCAAGACUGGAAAAUACUGCCUUAGAGGGAGGUUUAUUUCUUGGAUGUUCUUCUGUGGAAUUACCACAAUCAGUGGGGAAGGAUGGCUGUGCCCCAAAGAUUAUCCAGACCUUCAGGCAGAGGAUGGGGAGAAGCAAGGAAUCAGCCAUCAGAUGCUGCAGGCAGAUAAUUAAGAAA